CGGCUUGACAGCAGUCCGCUCAGAGGAAGCCGGCUGUAGCUGAAGGAAUCCGGCUGUCACGUCGGACUGACCUGGGAGUCACCCUGUGGGAGUUGUGGAAGUCACCACUGAGAGGAUCUGGACGUAAUUUCAACGGGAUAAAGAAGAUAUUCAACUGGGGGUUUAGAAAAACCCCAAGGAAGUAGCAUGAUGGCAGUGCUGGGCUCCGCCGGUCGCCUGGUUCAACUCGCCAGGACCAGCGUGGGUCUGAGUGUGAGAGGACGCUCCGCCGCUGCUGCUCUGGCCCAGAGUGUAACUCCAGAAACACAAGAACACAGGAAACCAAAGACAGGAAUCCUGAUGCUGAACAUGGGAGGACCCGAGAAACUAGAAGAUGUUCAUGACUUCCUCCUGCGGCUCUUUAUGGACACAGAUCUAAUGAAGCUUCCAGUCCAGAAUACGCUAGGUCCUUUGAUCGCUAAGCGGCGCACGCCAAAGAUCCAGGAACAGUACAGUAAAAUCGGAGGAGGCUCCCCCAUAAAACACUGGACGUCCAUGCAGGGAGAAGGCAUGGUGAAGCUGCUGGAUGAAAUGAGUCCUGAGACAGCUCCUCACAAGUUCUACAUCGGCUUCCGGUACGUGAACCCACUGACGGAGGAAGCUAUCGAGGCGAUGGAGAAGGAUGGAGUAGAGAGAGCCGUGGCCUUCACCCAGUACCCUCAGUAUAGCUGCUCCACCACAGGCAGCAGUCUGAACGCCAUCUACCGUUACUACAGCAACAGAGGAGACAGGCCGAAAAUGCAGUGGAGCGUCAUCGACCGUUGGCCCACACACCCUCUGCUGGUGGAGUGUUUUGCAGAACACAUCCGAAAUGAGUUACUGAAGUUCCCAGAAGAGAAGAGAGAAGACGUCGUCAUCCUGUUCUCUGCACACUCGCUACCCAUGGCUGUUGUAAACAGAGGGGACCCCUACCCUCAGGAGGUGGGAGCUACAGUACAGAGGGUCAUGGAGAGGCUGGGACACUGCAACCCCUACAGACUAGUGUGGCAGUCCAGGGUGGGACCGAUGGCCUGGCUCGGCCCCCAAACAGAUGACGUGAUCAAAGGUCUGUGUGAACGAGGGAAGAAGAAUCUCUUGCUGGUGCCCAUCGCUUUCACCUCAGACCACAUAGAAACGUUACACGAGCUGGACAUCGAGUAUGCACAAAUUCUGGGGGAAGAGUGUGGGGUGGAGAACAUCAAGAGAGCAGAGUCACUGAACGGGAAUCCUCUGUUUAUGAAGGCACUAGCGGACCUGGUCCAGUCCCACCUGAAGACCAACGAGCCGUGUUCCCGCCAGCUGACCCUGCGCUGCCCACUGUGCACAAACCCCACCUGUGGAGCGGCCAAGGCCUUUUUCGCCAACCAGAAACUUGCAUAGAAACAUGCAUUUACACAAACACACACAUUGGAGCAUUUCUUGUUACAGGAUUUUCUCUUGAGAGACUUUAGUCUAUUUUUAAAUGAAUGCCACACACACACACACACACACACACACACACACACACACACACACACAUGCACUGAGCCUCUGCAGCAAGCAUGCCCAUAACCCAUAAAAUAUGUAAAGACUGGACUAAAUGCUGAUACGUUUUAGAUAUAAAAUAUAGUUUUAUUUUGAUCUUCCUCAUCUUCCAUGUAAGGUCUUGCAGAGGUGCUUCAGUCAAAGUCUGUGCAGAUAAAGAAAGUGAUGCUUAAAUGUUUGUUUUCUUUGUUUUGAUUCCCCAUGCUUACCUUCCCUGGGAAAUAUUUCCCCUUGCUGAUGCUAAUGAGACACCGCUCUCAAAGGCUUCACCUUCCUCGUCACCUGUAGCUUCACCUUUGACCUGUCAGCCAGGACCCCCCCCCCAUCUUUGGCCCCGUUUACACGGAGCAAAAACGGAGGCGUUUUCAUGCAUUUUGGCCGUUCGUUUACACGAAAACAGAGCUCAAAGUCACCAAAAACGAUCAUUUCUGAAAACUCCGGCCAAAGUGGAGAUUUUCAAAAACUCAUUUUUCACGUUUGCGUCUAAACAGAGGAAAACGGAGAUUUAGGCUUCAGAACGUCACAUUAUGGGACAGAAACGUCACUAGCGUCAUUUGUGUGACCUGUGUUUACAAUAAGUUUGGCCACCGUCAAUAUUUUCUUGUAUUUACCUGUUUUAUAUUUUAAAGUCACACUUAAAAGUAACUCCACUUCUCUGUCACUCCAAACGAAAGACUCUCGUUCUGUCUUGGAAGUAAAGCCUGAAUUAUGGUCCCGCGUUAAAUCGACGCAGAGCCUACGGCGUAGGGUACGCAGCGAUGCGCGCCGUACAGUGUGCGUCGCCGCGUACCCUACGCCGUAGGCUCUGGGUUGGUGUAACGCGGAACCAUAAAUCAGCUUGGAAGUUACACGUGUCAUUUGUUGAUGUUUUUUCCAGGAUUCUGAUUGGCUGGCAUGACGUUAACAGUGGAUUCGUGUAAACGAAGAGAUUUUGAAAACGAUCUCGUGUAAACGAGGAUAUUUAUGAAAACGUAGAGGGGAAAAUAUCCAUUUUUGUAAAUACCCGGCUAUGUGUAAACAGGGCCUUAAAGGCUUCACCUUCCUCGUCACCUGUAGCUUCACCUUUGACCUGUCAGCCGGGACCCCCCCCAUCUUUAACUCUUAUACUGUGAUUCAGGGAGGCUCCUGCUGACAUGUAGGUGAAUAUCAUCAAGAUAAAAAGGGAAAAAAUAGAGCAAUGUAAGGACUUGAGAGCUUUUGUAUUUCAUAAGAAGAAAAUAAAAAAGUUAACAAAUAAUCUCCUCUAAUUUCUACAAUCUCGUUUAUCAGUGUAGUAAAACCAUA